UUUUCCCCGCCCGUCUUCCUUUUUCGCGCCUUUUCGGAGCAUAAGAAUCGAGGAGGAAAAGGUGAAGACCGCGCGUUUUCCUUCGCUCACGAAUUUGCGUCUCCCGGAUUCUCGCCGGCGUGUUUCUCACCGGAACCCUAGAGAUCGUCGUCUUCUUCCUAAGAAAAGCGAUUGUGGGUUUGCGAGACAGAAGAGGAGCCCGGCUCUUGGACCGCCAUGAGUCGCCAUCCUGAGGUCCUCUGGGCACAACGUUCUGAUAAAGUGUUCCUGACAAUUGCCUUACCAGAUGCAAAGAACGUCUCUGUGAAAGCUGAGGCUAGUGGAUUGUUUAGCUUUUCGGCAUUAGGCAUUCAUGACGAAUCUUUUGACUUCACUUUGGAGCUUUACGGAGCAAUAGUUCCUGAGAAUAAUAAACUAAGUAUUGGAUUGAGAAAUAUACUCUGCAUAAUUGCUAAAGAGCAAAAAGGAUGGUGGAAAAGGUUGGUGAAGUUGGACGGAAAUCUUCCUUUUGUCAAGGUUGAUUGGAACAGAUGGUGUGAUGAAGAUGAAGAGGAAACAUCCAAACCUGAUAUUCCUGUGAUUGAGACCGUUGAAGACUCCAUGAAACGUGUCAAAGAAGAUGAGGAGAGCGAUGACGAAGGAAUGCUUUAUCUCCCAGACUUGGAGAGGGCAAGAGAUGAUUGAUCGGAAAGGAUUUGCUCAAUAAAUGGUCGAUAUGAGCGUUCAGUGAAGAUGGGGCAAAUGAUCAGGGGAGGGUCAGCGCCUUUCUUUGUUUUUGCUUGCAAACUUAGUAUAUAUAGCAAUACCAAACCACAGGUGUAAGAAUCUAAUUUAUGUUUAGCAUGUGCCAAUCUCUUCUUCGCUUUGUUA